AUGGAUGAUGCUGCUUUGUCCAGAGCGAUAGAUGUUUCUUAUUCGUCAUCAUCAGCAGAAUGCACUGUAUCUAGAUGUAAACACUCCAGUGAAGAAUGGGGCGAAUGCAAUUCUAGGCCUACUGUUUUUCGAUCAGCUACUUUGAAAUGGAAGGAAACUCUGCUGGGCAGGAACAGACCAUUUGUGGGACGUUGUUGCUAUGUAUGCACUCCCCAAAGCCGGGAUAAGCUUUUUAAUCCCAGCAUCCCUUCUUUGGGCCUUCGUAAUGUAAUCUAUAUUAAUGAAACACACACCCGGCACAGAGGGUGGCUUGCCAGGCGGCUCUGUUAUGUUCUUUUUGUUCAAGAACGGGAUGUUCAUAAGCAAAUGUUUACAAGUAAUGUGGCAGAAAAUGUGCUGAACAGUAGCAGAGUGCAGAAUGCCAUUGUAGAGGAGGCUUCAGAAAUGUCUGCUAAAGGUGGUUCUAGUCAGUUGGACUCCAGAAUCCACAGUAAAGUAAAAAAGAAAGCUAGAAGAAUUGUUCAGGAAAUGGUAGCAAAUGUCUCACCUUGUUUAAUCAGGUUAACAGGAUGGAUAUUGCUGAAAUUAUUCAACAGCUUUUUUUGGAAUAUUCAGAUUCACAAAGGCCAACUGGAGAUGGUGAAAGCAGCAACUGAGCUGAAUUUGCCGCUUAUCUUCCUGCCUGUUCACAAAUCUCAUAUCGACUACCUACUUCUCACAUUCAUUCUUUUUUGCCAUAACAUCAAGGCACCUUACAUUGCAGCAGGGAAUAACUUGAACAUCCCCAUUUUCAGCACCUUAAUCCGUAAGCUUGGAGGGUUUUUUAUCCGGCGAAAGUUGGAUGAAAGACCUGAUGGCCGUAAAGAUGUUCUGUACAGAGCCUUAUUGCAUGUGCAUGUCCAAGAACUGCUUCGACAGCAGCAGUUCUUAGAGAUAUUCCUGGAAGGCACACGAUCUCGUAGUGGAAAGGCAUCCUAUGCAAGGGCAGGCCUAUUAUCUGUGGUGGUGGAUGGUCUUUAUUCACAGGCUGCUCCUGAUGUUCUAAUUAUACCAGUGGGUAUAUCCUAUGAUAGAAUAAUCGAAGGACAUUAUAACAGUGAACAACUGGGAAAGCCCAAGAAGAAUGAAAGCCUAUGGAGUGUAGCCAGAGGAGUCUUCCGAAUGCUACGGAAGAAUUAUGGAUGUGUUCGAGUAGAUUUUGCGCAGCCAUUUUCCUUAAAAGAAUAUUUAGAUGCUCUGUGCCGGAAACCUGUACCUAUCCCCCUUUCUUUGGAGCAAACUCUAUUACCAGCUGUACUACCUUCAAGGUAAGCCCACUGUGUAGUAGAAGAAGGCAUAGAAGCUACCAUUCCUGAUUCCAGGGAUUUAACUCCAGAGCCUUCGAGAAGGCAAUUGAUAGCUAACUUGGCUGAGCACAUAAUGUUCACUGCUAACAGGUCAUGUGCUGUGAUGUCAACACACAUUGUUGCCUGUUUGCUGCUCUACCGACACAGGCAGGGAAUUGAUCUUUCCAAGCUGGUAGAAGAUUUCUUCUCCAUGAAGGAGGAGGUCUUGGCUCGUGACUAUGACUUGGGGUUUUCAGGAAAUUCUGAAGAUGUUGUCAUGCAUGCCAUCCAUUUGUUGGGAAACUGUGUAACUAUCACAAACACCAGUCGGAAUAAUGAUUUCUUCAUCACUCCUAGCACAUCAGUCCCUAUUGUCUUUGAACUCAAUUUCUACAGCAAUGGGGUACUACAUGUCUUCUUCAAAGAAGCUAUCAUCGCUUGCAGUCUCCAUGCAAUACAGAGUAAAAGGCAUAGAAAUGGCGCCAAUGGAAUGUCCUCCAAUAUGAUUAGUCAGGAACAAUUGGUCCGCAAAGCUGCGAGCUUAUGUUAUUUGCUUUCUAAUGAAGGCACUGUUUCAUUGCCUUGCCAGCUGCUAUGUCAAGUGUGCCAUGAAGCAAUUGAGCGGUUCAUACAAUACGGCAUUCUUUUGGUGGCAGAGCAGGAUGACCAAGAGGAAAUUAGUUCUUCUAGCCAUGCAGAGCAGCACUGGGAAAAGAAACUCCCAGAACCAUUAUCUUGGAGGAGCGAUGAGGAAGAUGAGGACAGUGACUUUGGUGAAGAGCAACAGGAUUGUUACUUGAAGGUGAGCCAAUCACAGGAACACCAGCAGUACAUCACUUUCCUGCAGAAGCUACUGGGGCCUUUAUUGGAAGCGUACAGUUCUGCAGCCAUCUUUAUUCAUAAUUUCAAUUGUCCUGUCAGAGAAUCUGAAUUUCUGCAAAAAUUACACAAAUACUUAAUAAACAGGACUGAAAAAAAUGUUGCAGUAUAUGCUGAGAGUGCCACUUAUUGCCUUGCAAAGAAUGCAGUGAAAGUCUUCAAGGACAUGGGGGUGUUUAAGGAGACAAAGCAGAAGCGAGACUCUAUUCUGGAACUAAGCAACACUUUCCUACCUCACUGUCAUCGGCAAAAACUACUGGAAUUCAUUCUGGGAUUUGUUGUUCUGUAGAACAGAUCUGUUGAAUUCUGCCAUUCUGAAGAUUGGCAGACUUGGAGAAUGUGACCCAAAACUCUCAGAGCUUUUGCUGCUUCCAUAGUCUAUACAGUGCCAUUUUUGGUAAGGCCUUAUCUGAUCCAAGUCACUGGAAGACAAGUGCCUUUGUACAUAUGCAUGUCUGGACCUAUACAGUUUGGUAACGCAAUUAAAUACUUACAGAUUUUGAAUGCAAAUUAUAAGCCAUGUUUGCAAAAAGCAAAAUUGCUAGUUUUUACAAUAACCUGUAUCAAAAUGUUACAUUUUUAAGCUGCAGAGCAUUACAUCAAGACUAAUGACUGUGACAAAUGCACAUUUACCAGCGAUCAGUCAUUAAUUUGGCAGUUUUCAGUAUCAUGGAAAAGAUCAGCAUAAUUUGAGAAGUUUGCAAAAGUCUUAUGAACAGGGAAAACCCUUUCUAAUUUUUAUUGCAAAUAAAAGGCUUAGAAAAUUUUUUGAUAUGGUAAGCAAAAAUGUAACUUUUUAAAUGCUGAUUAUUAUGGCAACAUUAAAUAAAACUAAUAAAUGCCAUGUAUCUGAUUAAUAAUCAAUUGAACAAUAACAGAUGACCAUACAUAGCUGUCUUACUGUGGUAGAAUGAGAGCAUUAGAUUAAGAUGUUCUCCCCAGUUGGAGCAGAUAAGUAAUACAUUAGUAUAUUAUACUCCUGGACCACUAGCAUUUUUAUCUGACCUACUAAGAUACUUGAAACCAACCUGUUUCAGGUGCAAAGUCAUUUUGCUUCUUUUUGGCCUUUCAUUUUCUGAAGUGAAUUAUAGUUUAAUCUCUAUAUUUAAGCUGGAGUGUUGAAAGAUUUCAUAAGCGAAGGGCAGUCCCAUCCAUGUGGCCAGCCAGCCGCAGCAUUGCAACUGCUGUGUCCUACUGCGCCCAUAGAGGCUUCCUGGCAGCAUGGGGAGGCUUGCAAAGCGAAAAAGCCUUCCCACCACUGAGAAGCCUCUAUGGGACUCAAUAGACUUAUGCCACCUUUUUGGUGGCUUAAGUCUGCGGCACUGGCCACUGGUGUAAGCCAGUGAAUGACCCAUCCUCGUUACACUGGUGGGCAAUGGGACUCUAAUGUAGUCCAGCGGAGUGUCCCACCACUGGGGAGGGUGAUGGCAGAUGCAUACCAGUGUAUUCACCCUUCUGCUGGGGCAAGUGCCUCAGGAAGGGCAAAUCUGACAGUGCAGCUGCACACUGCUCCCAUAGGCGUGGGGCUGUAAGCCAUGGUAAUUUUGAUUAAUAUUUGGUGAAGGGUCAUUCUUUAUCAUAAAAGUCUUGCAAGCACACAAGAUACAGUUUUAUGACUAAAUAUGAUUAAUGUUUAGGAUUGUUUUGAAGCACUAAUACCUGGGCAAUCCCUUGGAAACCUGUAAUUGUUCCAGAGUAUACAGUGUUUGGAUUGUACUGUGAGAUCCACAGGUUCGCACAUUUGAUGUUAGCUGAAGCAAUAAGCAUGGCAUUAGUUCUUAAGAAAAAUGGGAUAUUUUCCCUUUUCUGCCUUAGCAAUCAAAGAAAAUUCUAAACUGCUGCAGUGUUAGAUAAAAAAAACUCUCAAUGUUUUCUGUUCUUUUCAGUCGGAGGUUGAAAAAAAUUUCAUAUGAAAAUUAAUUUGAGCUUUGUUUUUUAAGUAGUCCAAAUUAAAAUUCAUUGUAUAUUCACUCCAACACAGACCUUGUAUAGACAGUUUGUCUGUUGUUUAAUCCAAAAUUGUAUUUUAUUCCAUAGUUGUUAAAAUAAUAUUUUUAUAACUUGGUUUCUGGAUAAAAGCAAUUAAUGGGUUGCAAUGUUUGUCAGUAUUCCCAUGUAGCUUCCUCUAAGAGAAACUGCUAUGCAUGUUUCCCUUCACUAAAUAGGUGCUUUGAAACAUUUUAAGAUGAAUUUCUGAACCAAAGUUGCAUCAUAUCAGUGUCAGAAGCAGGAAGUGAACCUGAAUUUGUUCUUUCAUAAUUUCCAGCAAAGCAGCAGCAGAUAUGAAUUCUGUUCUAAUAACAUCUGGUAGCUACUUACAGUAAUUAUAUCUCAUUCUUGCUAAUGUGCACUAUUUGUUAAAUUUGAAUGUAUUUUCUUAAUAGCAAUGUGUAAAGGUUACUGAUGGCUUUCAUUUUAGUUCAGAUAAGUAGGUGCUUGCAAAUAAAUAACUUCCCUUUGUCUUUCCAGAUAUUGGUAAGUGUUUAAUGUAUGCUAGAAUGAAGAGUGUGUAUUGAAAAAUGAAACAAGCAAGAUAUUACCGAUGAUUUUUGGCUAAUUUUAAUGAACACAUUCUAUCUAUUGUUAAGGAAAUGAGGGUCUGGGACUUGGUUGGGACACCAGCAAGCAAUUGCCAGUUUGUCACUAAUGAAAAUAAUUUAUUACUUUAUUAAAAUGUUCUGUGUCAUGGGAUGUAGCAGUGUACUACUGAGUUGAUGUUGGUAUGUGCAGUGUAUUGUAAUUUUUGAAGAGAGAGGAUUCUUUUAAAUGUACAUUUUUUUGUAUGUGGAGAGCCUUUGCAUGUACAAAACUGUCAAGCUGUGAAUGUUGUGCAGGGGACAGGAAGAGGAGUUCAUCUGUGGCAUGGCAUUGGAUCUGCAUCUAGUUGCAUGUGAGCUGCUUUUGCUUUUCUACUAAGGCAAAGCACAGAGCUCUACUACUAAAUGGAUUCCCCCCCCCUUUUCUGUGUUUAUUAUUAAACUAUCAGCAUUUUUCCCUGAUAGAUGCAAGUCAGGGUUGUAGUUUUUAUUUUUUUAAAGAUAUGGCUCAGCAACCUCUGAAUCUAGAAUAAUAACACUAUGUAUCUAAAUCUGAUUAACUUAUCUAAGUAGUAUAAUAAUGAACAUUCCAUUUACAUGGCUGUGAACUAUACUUCUUGGCUGAUGUGUGGAAUUCUCCCCCUCCCUCCAUCUUCUGGGAAUGGAUAGCUUUGUUUACCAAUCCCAUACUAUUCCCAUACCUGAGAUUUCUUAUUGAAACACAGAUAUCCUUUCACAGUAACAGUUUUGAAUAGCAGUUUAUUCUGGUAUUUCUAUUCCUAAAUGCUUUAGAAAUUAACCUAUUUGCCUGUGCAUUUUUAAAAAAUAAUAUUAGCAUGAUCUUUUGACAAUGGAAAGUGUGGAAAGAACUACAAAUAUUGUAGCUGCUUUGUAUCUCUACCUGUGAACCAAGGCACUGUCUUGAAAAAUGUUAACACAUUUUUUUUAUGAUUUAGCAUCUUCUGUAUCUCUUGUAAGAAGCACAGAGCUGCACAGUAAUUUUAUUAUAAUAAACAAUUUGAAAUGCU